AUGCUAUCCCUGUGGCUUGGCUGGGUAUUCUGGGUGCUGCCCCUGGCUGGCCCUGGGGCAGCCGUGACUGACGAGCAGGUCUUGGGCAGCCUGCUGCAGCAGCUGCAGCUCAGCCAGGCCCCUAUUCUGGACAGAGUGGAUGUGGAGGGGGUGGCCAUCCCCAACCAUGUGAGGUCCCAGUAUGUGGCCCUGCUGCAGCGAAGUCAUGCGGACCGCUCCCGAGGCAAGAGGUUCAGCCAGAACUUCCGAGAGGUGGCAGGCAGGUUCCUGGUGUCAGAGACCUCCACACAUCUGCUAGUGUUUGGCAUGGAGCAGCGGCUGCCGCCCAACAGCGAGCUGGUGCAGGCGGUGCUGCGACUGUUCCAGGAGCCGGUCCCCAGAACCGCUCUCCGGAAGCACGAGAGGCUGUCCCCAUACAGUGCCCGGGCUCGGGUCACCAUUGAAUGGCUGAGAGUCCGUGAGGAUGGCUCCAACCGCACCGCCCUCAUCGACUCCAGGCUUGUGUCCAUCCACGAGAGCGGCUGGAAGGCCUUCGAUGUGACCGAGGCCGUGAACUUCUGGCAGCAGCUGAGCCCGCCGAGGCAGCCGCUGCUGCUCCAGGUGUCGGUGCAGAGGGAGCAUCUGGGUCUGGGGACCUGGAGCGCCCACAAGUUGGUCCGCUUUGCAGAGCAGGGGCCGCCGGGCGAGGAGGGGCGGGGCGAGCCACAGCUGGAGCUGCACACGCUGGACCUCAAGGACUACGGAGCUCAAGGCAACUGUGACUCUGAGGCCCCAGUGACAGAAGGCAUGAGAUGCUGUCGCCAGGAGAUGUACCUGGACCUGCAGGGGUUGAAGUGGGCUGAGAACUGGAUCCUGGAGCCCCCAGGCUUCCUGACCUACGAGUGUGUGGGCAGCUGCCUGCAGCCACCAGAGGCCCUGACUGUCAUGUGGCCGUUUCUGGGCCCGCGGCAGUGCAUUGCUUCAGAGAUGACCUCCCUGCCCUUGAUUGUCAGUGUGAAGGAGGGAGGCAGGACCAGGCCUCAGGUAGUCAGCCUGCCCAACAUGAGGGUGCAGACGUGUAGCUGUGCCUCGGAUGGGGCGCUCAUUCCCAGGGGGAUAGACCUGUAG